GGAAUAUGGCGGCUGGAGGCACCUAGGCUCACCGCCGAGUCCGUUCUUGGAGACAGAAGAGCCCUCGCCUCGGCCCCGUUCUAGCGCGUGGAAGGUGCUUCCAAGAAUAAGUGAAUGUUAUUUCGAAGUAUUGCCAGAAGGAGAGACAGGAUAUGAAGCGAACUGAAGCCUAAUAGGACCAUCCCUGGAGGCAGGUGGCUGCGUGUGGUGUGCGGCCUGUGGAUGAGGACCAUCAUGUCCGGUGCCAGGAAGAGGGUUGUGGACCGUUUUCCUGACCUUCCUUCCCCUUUCCUAAUGCAGGAUGGGGACAGCGAGGGUGACAGUGGGUUCGUGACACCAGACAGCACCACCAAAGAGAGGGAGUCACGCUUCGUAGAGGGCCAGGAUGUACUCUCGCAUGGAAAGGACGGCCUGUAUUAUCUAGGAACUAUAGUUGUGGUUGACAGUGAAAAUGAACGUUGCCUGGUGCAGUUUGAGGACAGCACGGCCCACUGGUCCCUCUACAAAGACCUCACCAAGCUGAAACUGCCUGAGUCUGAUGAUCUCUGUGUUAUAUGCAAGUCUUCCAAAAGCUGGGAUACAAAUGAAAUUGUUUUGUGUCACAUAUGUGAGCAAGGCUACCAUCAAGAUUGUCUCCAGCCAAGGAUAGGGAAGGAAUAUUGUGAGCCUGAUAGCCAGUGGGAGUGUCCAAGGUGUGCAGGCCACUCAGCCAUGGAGAAAGAAGAACGGAAGAAAUCAAGGGAGAAUUCUCCACGCAAGCAGCGACCACGGCCACAGCAGCAACAACCUGAGAAUACCAAACUAGACCUGCCAUAUGAUAUUAACAGCUUAACAUGGGACCAAGGUCACAAAAGCAACAGAGAGCAGACGUACUGCUACUGCGGUGGACCAGGAGAAUGGUAUAACCGCAUGCUUCAGUGCCAACGAUGUAAACAGUGGUUCCAUGAAGCCUGUGUUGAUUGUCUACAUCUGUCCCUCUUGUAUGGUGAUAGGUUUUAUGUUUUUGUAUGUGCUUUGUGCAAUGAAGGAACAGAAUUCCUUCAUAGAUUAGAUGUGAAGUGGGUAGAUGUUGUGCAUCUAUCAAUAUUUAAUCUAACUUUGCAAGAUUCCAAAACUUACUUUGAGUAUGAGGACACCAUCACACAGUGGAUUAAUGACAACUGGGAAUUAUUGCAAGCACCGCUAGGGCUUCAAAACAUUCGAGUUAGUGAGAGGAAACACGAAGUAUUAAGAGUCCUGGAAGGAAAUAGACCAAGGUUUAAAUGUGGUCGGGAAAUAAAAAAGAAAACCAGUAUAUGGGGCCUAAGAGUACGUGUCCCACCCCCCGUGCCAGCUAUUACCCUGCCUGCCGUGGGUGUUAUCACAGAAGACUCCAUCAAACACAUAACGCUAAGAAACAAAAAAACCCGCAAUGCUGACAGCCCUCCAAUACCCCGAAGUUAUAAGCUACGCGAGGACAAGCAAGAGGAGGUGGACGAGGCUCUGGCACGGUUCAGCCCUGCCAAGAAGCGAGCUCUGUCCCCCAGUACCCUUGAGCAGGAGGAGGAGAGUCCCAACAGCGGCAGCGUCAGACGGAAGAGAAAACGCGAGUUGGACAUUCUCAUGGAUGAUAAAAAGGUUGGAGUAAGAUGUUCCAAUGUAAACUCCUUAUUCCAGGCAAAGAAAAUGAUAGAAGAGGUAGGAUCGGUUAAAGCCAAUAGUACAACAGGCUCACAAGCCCCGGUUAAAAGAAAACGAGGCCGGCCGCCCAAGAACCAGCAGAACCUCCAAUCGGCAAACGACCUGCGCGACUUGAAACAGAAAAGGGCACAGAAGCUUUUGAAAGAGGCGCUGAAACAGGGCAAAGGUUUGCGGCCAGUUACCAAGUCAGGCCUUGGGAUCACCACCCCAAAUUCUAUCACCCCGGGAGACACAAGUGGUGAUGAAACCUCCUCGCACGGCACACUUGAUUCCUUCAUUCCUCCUCCAUCCAACUUUGAGGGCCAGAACAAUCCCUUCCUGAAUCUCGACUCUCUCAGUUAUGGCAUGCCAGUCAUCAGACCCCUAAAGCGAAAACUAAACGAGAAUGACAUCCGCAUCGGCAAAAACGGGGAGGUGAAGCGGAGACGCUUCCGCAAAAAGUGCGACAAGGCGAAGCUAAUGUUCCUACUACAGAAUGGCGCCAUUAAUAUGAAUGGUGGAAAUGACAUCAGGUUGAAUGGCACCAACAGCAUAAAGAACUGUGUGGACUAUGCGCUAAGUGGGAGACUGAAUUCAAGCAACAAGAUGGAGGAUGGUAGUGAAGGAGGCGAGGAUGCCAAAGUGGGUGACACUGGUUUCUCAUAUAGUGACCUGAAGUCGACGGUUAAUAAUUACUUCGGGGCUGCAAACAGAAUAGCGAAUGGUGAAAAGUUCCAUGUGUUAGCGAGGAGAGUAAGUCUUGAAGAGAAAGUCCAGUACCUCAUAGAAUGGGACUGUCCGAGUUCCUCCUAGGCCAAGGUGUAAAGCCUUGUCUUUAUUCUUCAUCCAUCUAGACUCUAGCGGCAAUGAAACAUUUCCUGUGUUUCGUUGGCAUUUCAACUCUUGUGAUAUUACUCUUGAGUCUGAAGUGCUUCCUCACCGCUGUAGUCAAAGUGGAUGAAGGAUUUAGUCAUUUUGUUGAGCCAUUAGUUGUAGUACGAAGGUUUAUUCUUGCAAAGUCAUUUUAGAUAUGCAGAGCAAGAAGGUGGAGUCAGUUGUGAAUGCAAGACUUGCAUAAGGCACCAACCCUAUAACCACAUUAAGACUGUGUUCAUCAUACACUGCCAGAAUGAACGAUACAGAGUGCGCGAGGUUUGUGUCAUGCAGUGAACAACCUCAUUCUUUUAAGUUUUGUGAUAUGGUUGCUUUGGGUGAACAGGGAAGAUAGAGCAAAAUAUUUUUAAAUGUUUAAAUUCUCAAGAACUAUGGUAGUGGAAAAAGUGCGAGAAGUGAGAACAUUUAAAAUAACUGUGUGGCUUGUGGAUGUGACCAGUGAUAUUGAGCGAUACUGGAAUUACCCUUAGCAACCACAUACAAACAUUUGUACUAUUUGUUUAGUCAUGUACAUAAGUCGUGUAUUUGUUUUAUGGUUACAAUUAUCUGGUGAAAUAAACUUCAGACUUG